AUGGUGACACUCUUGUCCUCCAAUGACUCAGGCAUAGAGGUAGGAACUAAAGGAUUUUCUCGUCUUAAUACAAGCAAUCCUUCUGGGAACCUUCCUGGACGUGCUCAAAUGUCAUUCACUCCAACCGAAAAUAGCGUCGAUACAACUGAGUCAUUGACACUGGCACGGAUUGGGUUCCUUGUAUAUCGCGCAGCUGUGUUCGCUACUGCUGUGCUCUACAUGAUGAUAUCUAUGGAGUCAUUUAUCACAUCACUACUUGUAUUACGAGGUGUUGUAUCGCACGACUUGCCGAUCGAAAUCAAUAAAUCUCAUCUCAUAGUCGAUUAUGUUGGCACCGCAACGAUUCAAAAAAGUCCUCUGGUGCAAGAAGUUCUCGAAGGAUCUACCGCACCACGAUACGAUACCUUGUACCUUGAAACAGCAACAGCACAUUCAUUUGCAAGCUGUUCGGAUGUGCCAAAAUUUGACGCAGAAAUCUACAGCAACGAGUUUUUGCGCUUUAUUUUCUCUAAAAUGCAAAGGUACGCCUCAUACAAUUUGUCAUAUUUGAAAGAUCUGGAACUGGUGGUACCGGUUGUGGAUUGUACUUUUGAUAUGCUGGUUUGGGGGGACAAGAGCGCCGCACGCGUGUACUACCUCGUGCGACAAAAGAGCAAUCCAUAUAAAACGGUCAUUUUGUCAACUAUGCUCUCGAUUCAAGACUACGAAAUUCAACAGCAAUUUCAACGGGGAGCUGGAAUGGUGAUGCUUGUAACAGCGAUUGAAGACGUGCGCAGCUCUGGGCUUAGGCACGACAUUGCUGUCGCUCUCAACUACCCGUACGUAGCUGAACCGGAGUUUAUCUUCUCGGAGUUGCACGGUAUAGAUGAAGAUAAUUACUGGAUUCUCAAAUCUUUGCCAAACGCACAUACUAAGGAUCCUGAUAAGGUUAUACGAAUGGCUCGCCGCUUUGGUCGCUUCAAAGACGACGUUAUGGCCCAGUCAAACAUUGAGACAGCACAUUGGGAUUUAUCGAAUGACCCAAUAACAGAGCUGCGUGAUUGGAGGUGGUAUAGUAGAGCUGUGCUUCACGAUUCAUGGGCCUGGACACAUGCCGUUCACGGCGUUUUUGCCAUCAACGUGAUUAUUAAUCUGUCCAUCUUGACAUUCAUUAUUUAUAGACGAUUUCGUAUGGGUUGUAUUUGGGUGGGAGACGCAUUCUCCACCAUUUCAACCAUGCUGCUCUACCGAGGCAUAAUUGUUGUAGUAUGCUCCCAAUUAAAUGGAUAUUGGACAAUUACGAAAAUGAUUAUAUCGAUCGGUGAUACUCUUACGGAUCAGCACGUUAUAUUUUAUAAGCCCGAACUCGUCCACGCUGAUUUACUGGCCGUAUAUAUGAAUUUUGUCAGCUUUAUAAGCUAUUUAGCUCGCGAGCGCGUAGAUCCACUUCUGGCGUUUGCAACUUUCGAGCUGGGAUGGGGAUACCGCGUUGAGAUGACCAAAAUAUUCCCAGUUUUAAAAGCAAUUAUUGCAGACUUUGCGUUUGCUGAUACUACGAAAGGCCUUUUGUAUGUGCGACCAGGUAUAGCGUCUUUGUCGCCAAUGGAUUUGCUAACAUCGUACAGUAUUCCUGAUAAUCGGUUCUACGUCGUAUCUUCUAUUGUCAUCUCUGUUUUUAGUCCCAUGGCAUUGGUCAUUGGAUAUAUUUUAAUCAGAAAGGUCGCAAGGUACGAGGAUCUAGGUGAAGGGCGUCGAUCAAGUGAGUACAAAACCGAAAAUUCGAAUCAUACUGACCUUACAACUUUUGAGGCGGCUACUGGUGCAACUUUGGGAAACCGAUACGGAAUCAUAUCUAGUUACCAGAACUAUGUCAUACACGACAAGACGAUUUUAGCGACUGUUGAUGCAGUAUAUGGGAAUGGAUUUAUUGUUGCCAACAACAAAUUUCUCGUCGCAACUCAAGACCUAAUCCCAUUGAUCCUGAUGAAAACAACACGUGUGCGCUUUACGAAUAUUUUUGUGUAUGAGAUUGUCAAUGAAAAUGCUGUGAAGGAAACUGCGCGACUUGUGUACCCUGCAACUAUAAAGUGGAAUGAUCUCCUACGACUCGACGUGACCGUGCUUUCGUAA